UUUCCGAUCUAAAAUCCCGUCCGGUCGCCGAAACCCUAGAGGCCGCCGCCGCCGCCGCCGCCCACAUGGGAGCCCCCACGGUGGCCCCUAUGCCCCUCCUUCCCGCGCCGGACGGCGACGUCGACGUCGACCGCCAGGAGCAGCUUCAGAUUGUUCUCUCGUCCGCCGCCGUCGCGCCCGCGCCCUCGAAGCCCGAGCCCGCGCCGACGGUGGCCACGCACACGCGCACUAUCGGCAUCAUCCACCCUCCGCCCGACAUCCGCGUCAUCAUCGAGAAGACGGCCACCUUCGUCGCCAAGAACGGCCCCGACUUCGAGCGCCGCAUCGUCCAGCUCAACCAGGGCAACGCCAAGUUCAACUUCCUGCAGCCCUCCGACCCCUACCACGCCUACUACCAGCACCGCAUCGCCGAGAUCGCCGCCCAGCCUCCCGCCACCGACGCGGGCGCGGCGGCCGUGUCCGAGGACGCCCAGCAGCUCCCGUCCGACCCCGCCGAUGGCUCGGAUGACAAGCCCGACCACUCGGCGCCCUUCCGCGUGGCGCCGCCAACCAAGGUGCUCGUGCCACCCAAGGCGGAGCUCUACACCGUGCACCUGCCCGAGGGUAUCACCGGGGAGGAGCUGGACAUCAUCAAGCUCACCGCGCAGUUUGUGGCUCGGAACGGUAAGAACUUCAUGACUGCUCUGGCACAGCGCGAGGCCACCAACCCGCAGUUCAACUUCAUCCGCCCCACCCACAGCCUGUUCACGUUCUUCACCAUGCUCUCGGAUGCCUACUCAAGGGUGAUGAGGCCAGAUGAGGGCGUGCCUGCGCUCAUCAGGGAGCUGCGGGAGGGGUCCAAGGACCUCACCACCGUGCUCGAGCGCUGCCUCAACCGGCUGGAGUGGGACCGGUCGCAGGAGCAGGCUAGGCAGCAGGCAGAUGAUGAGGUUGAGCUGGAGAGGAUGCAGAUGUCGAUGAUCGAUUGGCACGAUUUUGUCGUCGUCGAGACGAUCGAGUUUGCAGACGAUGAGUACGAGGGGCUUCCUGUCCCGCUUACCCUAGAAGAAUUGAAGCGCCGGAAGAGGAUGGAGACCUUGAGAGAGGACGAUGAACCCACGGAAUUAGCUGAACCAGCUAAGGAUGAUGCUAUGGAGAUGGAUGAUGACGAGAUGCAGCUUGUUGAGGAGGGAAUGAAGGCUGCAAGGCUCCAGGAGAAUGAAGGAGGAGCACAAGUUAUGGUCACUGGUGAUGAUGAGCCACCUAUGAGAAUUGUCAAGAACUAUAAGAGGCCUGAGGAGAGGAUGCCUGCAGAGAGGGAUCCCACAAAGGUUGUUGUCUCGCCGAUAACCGGGGAGCUCAUUCCGAUCAGCGAGAUGGAAGAACACAUGCGCAUCUCGCUCAUUGACCCCAAGUACAAGGAACAGAAAGAAAGAAUGAUGGCCAAGAUUAAGGAGACCACGCUUGCUCCUGACGAUGAGAUCUCUCGUAACAUCAUCGGUCUUGCACGUACAAGGCCUGAUAUAUUUGGAACGACCGAGGAAGAGGUUUCUAAUGCUGUCAAGGCAGAAAUCGAGAAGAAAAAGGACGAGCAGCCAAAGCAGGUUAUUUGGGAUGGUCAUUCUGGUAGCAUUGGUUGGACUGCCACUCAGGCAAUGUCUAUGGGGGGUGAGGAACAACAAUUUGAUGCUUCAAAUGUGCGAGGUCCAGCUCCACUUCCUCAGCCUGGCAUGUCGUUGCCCCGGCCUCCUCAACCACUUCCUCUGAUUAAUGUUCCCCGAUUUACACCAAAUCCGAUGCCUUAUCAUAUCCACCCCCCUCAUCAUAUGCAAGGAGUUCCACAUAUGAUGCCCAACAUGCACCAACCUCCACCACCAGGUCAACAGCAGAUGAUUAGAAUGACUGGUCCCAUGGGUCAUAUGCCAAACAGUAUCCCUCCACCUCCAGGCCAUACUACCCAGUUCAUGCCUGGUCCACCACGGUUCCCUAUGCCCCCGCCGCCACACAUGCAGACCAUGCCAACAAUGGUCAACCCCAUCGGAAUCCCCCAGCCUCCACCACCUUUGCCUCCUCAACCACCUGCCGAGGAGCAGCCACCUCUACCUGAUGAACCAGAACCUAAGAGGCCAAGAACAGAUGAUGCUUCUCUGAUUCCAGCAGAGCAGUUCCUUGCUCAGCAUCCGGGCCCUGCUCGCAUCUCGGUUUCUGUACCCAACCUUGAUGAAGGAAACUUGCAAGGCCAAGUUUUGGAGAUCCCUGUCCAAUCUCUCUCAGACACCGUCGGCAGUCUCAAGGAGCAGAUUGCUGGAGAGCUGCAGCUUCCUGCUAAUAAGCAGAAGCUGAGUGUGAGGACUAGUUUCCUCAAAGACAAUCUUUCUCUUGCUUAUUACAAUGUUGGCCCUGGGGUGGUGAUCAAUCUAGCUCUGAGGGAGCGUGGUGGGAGGAAAAAAUGAGCUUUUCUUUCCCCAAUUUACUCACAGGGCAACACUUACAACCAAGCUUCAGUGGCCAUCAUGGAGAUCCUUUUUGUUGGUUCCUGCCUUGUGGAUUCUUGUAUUGUGCUUUUUAUAAAUUCAGCACUGUAAUUUGCACUAUUUAUUUUCCAGACCUGCCUAUGUUUUAUGGAUAUGAUUACAUAUUGUUGGAGGUGUGUGUGCAUGAUGUUA